UGACGCGGCGUCAACCGCCCACCUCGCCGCUUAGCGCCGGGCUGGCCGUUGCCGCCGCCUCAGGGCGCAGAGGCCCGGCCUUUCCGCCCAAAUGUCAGUUUGUAAAAUAGCAAGGCUGGAGUCUGAGGGGUUUGCAGGCUUCCGCCUUGAAGGAAGUCUGGGAGGCUCGGCAUUUCCAACUCUUUCACCUUAGAGCACGCUUGGCCAAGGCAAAACCGCCCAGUAACCUGGCUUCCAGCGGCCUCAGCAGGGAGGAAUACAGUUUUUUUCACCUGUAAUUUGGAAGUGAAGUAAAAUAACAAAAUGAAGUCCGCAAAACAUCUGUCAGCCUCUAGUAAUAAAUUGGCAAAUGUUCCAGAUUUAACUUACAAAAAAGGAAUAUUUACUGCACCGUUGUCACUUAAAGCAAAGGAAAAACAUAGUGCAAAAUUAGUACAUGAUAAACUUGAACCAAUGGCCUUAGGAUCUCCACCAGCAGGGGAAUCCAUCGUAAGAUAUGCUUUGCCCAUUGCAUCGAGUAAGACAAAGGAGUUAAUAGCAGAAGAUGAAUUGAUCAGAAAAAUUACCCAACAUCUAAAGAUGGUUGUUUCUACUUUGGAGGAAGCCUAUGGAUUUAGCAUUGUAGAUGGAGAAAAAUCAGUUGUGAAGCCUGAACAUGAAGAAUUAACUUUAUCUGUUGGGGAUGAUCUGAAUUCAUUCUUGAUAUGUUGUUCACAAUUUGCAGCUCAGUUAGAAGAAGCAGCUAAGGAAGAACGUCAUAUUUUGGAAUCUCUUUUUAAGUGGUUUCAGCUACAGGUCAAUCAGAUGGAGGAGAUAAGUAAAGAUCAAAAUUUUUUAGAAACAGAGUUUCCAGCACCUGAAAAAACAGUCACUUUAAGCCUUGCACAAGUAGUAAAGCAGGUGCAAAAACUAGAAGAACUGAAAAAUCGUCUUAAACAAGAGUCUUUAUACUCCUUGAAAGCCUUGUUGUCUAAACCCAAGCAUAGUGAAAAUUUACCAGGAGCAUUGCAAAGUUAUGAAACCAUACAGCAGAUAAUUGAAGAAUUCAUAAAAACCCACCCAACUAAAGAAUUUAUAGAUGUUUCUGCAACUGAUCCACAAACUGCUUGUUCACUGACUAACCGAUUGAAUGUCAUGUUGAAAAUGUUUGAAAAACAGUCACAUAUGUUGGAGAGAGCUAUGAAUGAUCAAGGUUUGUUAGAGGAUAAAUACAAAGAAAUGCAAAGUAAUUUCCAAGUGUUACUAGAGGAGAAAUUGGUGCUGGAAAAUGAACUACAAAAGUUGAAGACUACAGAGAAAGCAAAGUCUACAUAUGAUCGAACAAAGAAAACUAUAAAAAUGGAGAAGAAAAAAGACAAAAGAAAAUCUGAGGAUACAGAAGAGAAGAAGUUUCUAGUAAAAGAGCUUAAAGUAAAAGAAGAUUUGCUUCAAGUUCAGAAAGUAGCAUUUGCUCUGGAAGUUGAGAACAAAGUCCUUCAGGAAAAAUUGAAACAGGCUUUACAGGAAGCUGAAAGCGCUAAGCAUCAACUUGACCGUUUCCUAAAUCAAGAGAAAGAAUUACUUAACAGUGAAGAGAAGACCAAGACAACAAUGGAAAUGGGUAUUAGCAAAAUAAAAGUUGAAGAUUCAAAACAUAUACCAUUGGAAAAAGAGACAAGGGAAGCAUUAGUUACAGCUUCAGGUAGACAAAAGACAAAUGCAAAAAUCCAAGAACAUUCACAGAUCUCAAUUUUCACAAAUGGAAGCCCAGCUGACAAAAGAUCCUAAUAGAAUUUCUGAAAUUCUUUGGAAAAGUCUCCCAAACCUUCAGAGAGUGGAUGGGAGUGAAGCAAGGAGAUCCCACCUGAACAGACAUAUGGUAUUGAUUACAAUAAAGUACAUUUUUUUUUUUU